CUCUGAGGGGCUAACGGCAGAAGAAGAAGUCAGUAGAAUCGGGAUGAUUUUAAGCAAAUUUCUACAUGAUGACUCAACAUUUCCCCCGCCGAGGCUCAGGCUAAUCCAGCUGAGGUCGGGGACACUUCUGAGGGCAGCACAGAGAGAGAAAAGUCUCCACUGAAUAAUGAGAAAAAUAAGAAGAACACCAGUGUGGGAUUAUUCAUGAGAGUGAUCAGCGCUCCUCUUCUCCUCCCGGUCCGCACCACAGGUCGUCCUCAGCCAGAGGGGGCACCUGCUGUCCCGCUGCUCCACCCUGCCGGAAUGAUGCCCCGUCUGGCGGGCGGCGGCGGGACCUUUCUGUCGGCGUGUCUGCUCUCCGCCUGCCAAGCCCUGCGGAGCUGCGGGGAGGUCCAAUGCGGGGACGGCCAGCAGUGCUGUCCGCCCAUCGACGCCGGUCAUGGCAACGGCAGCUCUGCUGUGCGCUGCUGCAAGAUGCCGAUCCACGUUUUCUUCGACAACGUGGGCUGGUUCACGCGCAAGCUGUCCGGCAUCCUCAUCCUGCUGCUCCUCUUCGCCAUGGGUUACUUCAUCCAGAGGAUCAUCUGCCCGCAGCCGCGGCGGCACCCGCACCACGAGCGCAGCGACGAGCCCUCCUCCUCCCUGUUCCACGGCCACGCGUCGGCCUCGCAGGACUCCCUGCUGGACCGGAACCCCGAGAUCAGCCUGGCGGGGUUCACCUCUCUGAGCCUGCCAGCCUACGACGAGGUCAAAUACCUGCCCACGUAUGAAGAGAGCAUGCAGGAACUGCGCAGGGAUCGAUCCGACGACAGUUUGCUGUCCGGGAACGAUGAGCGCACAGUGGGGGUCCCCGGGAGGGUCCCCGGACCCCAACACAGCCCAAGGGUACCUCGGAACUCUGUCUGAACGAGACUGUCAAAGCCGCCCUGAUAUAUAGUCUUAUUUUAAUAACUUCUCACUAUGUUAUCCGACAGAGAGGAGAAAAAAACAAACAAACUCAAGUGCAAUUAUAAUCCUGAAUGUUGAGAAUAAAAGGAGGCUGAGAAAAUGUC